AUGCAGACAGGCUUUGGCCUGCUCGAGUCAGGCUGCGUGUCGCGCAAGAACGAGGUCAACAUCCUCAUGAAGAACGUGGCCGACGUGGUCGUGGGUGGCCUGGGUUACUGGUGCUUCGGCUACGGUCUGCAGUUCAGCUCGGGAGGCGGCAGCGUGCUAUUCAACGGCUUCGGCUUCUUCCUGGUGGACGCUGAACUGCAGGACAUGGGCCGCACGUUCGCCUGCUUCCUGUUCCAGCUGUCGUUCGCUACCACGGCCACGACCAUCGUGUCCGGGGCGAUGGCCGAGAGGACAAACUUCACGGCGUACUGCAUCUUCUCGUUCUUCGACACGCUGGUCUUCUCCAUACCGGCUGGCUGGCUGUGGGCCAGCCGAGGGUUCCUGCGACAGCUCGGAGCACUGGACUUUGCAGGCGCAGGGUGCGUACACCUGCUGGGCGGCACGUCGGCCCUGGUAGCCGCCGCCUACCUGGGACCUAGGGUCGGGCGCUACGGAAGCGGUCCUCCGCCCGAACUCGGAAACCCAACCAGCGUGCUGCAGGGAGUUUUCACGCUAUGGAAAUUUCUCAUCCUCAAUAUCGUCUCUGGUCUUCUGACUGGACUCGUUUCAGUUACAGGUGGUUCGGCCUACCUGGGUGCCCUGGACAGCGUCCUUGUGGGCUCGCUAGGCGCCCUGCUUUCCAGCGGCGUUUCUCCGCUUCUCAACAAGUUUCACGUGGACGACCCCGUGGAUGCCGUGUCCGUGCACGGUUGCGGCGGCGCCUGGGGCCUGCUGGCCAUCGGCCUGUUCGUGCACGACUUCUCCGACCAAGACGGGCAGGACGACCAGGAUGAGCAGUGCAGCCGCUGCGGCCUGUUCAGGGGAGGCAGCGCGUACCUGCUCGCAAUACAGGCGCUCACGUGCGUCUCUCUUGCGCUCUGGAGCGCCGUAACCACUUACAUUCUGCUCGUGAUCGUGAACAGGCUGGUGCCCAUCCGCUUGAGCCUCGAACACGAGGUGCUCGGCGCCGAUCUGGUCGAGCACGGCAUCGUGCAUCCGGACAUUGACUACGCACAACUACUGAGGCGCAACGGUGUCGAGCCGAGCAAGCUACUGCCGCCCCACAUGGCCGAACGGCUCGACAGGGAGGCGUGGGACCUGCGCCUGUGUCGCAGCUACCUGGCCGAGCGACUCGGGGGACGCGGCGUUCAGCGGCAGGAACCAAACUCCUUCUGGAGUUUCUUCAGGAGACGCCAAACGAAGCAGAUACAUCCAUGAGUAGGCUACCUGG